GGCAGAGCGAGUGAAUAACGGUUCGCGAGCAACAACGUUUCGGUUUCGAGUACGGAGUACAUUUUCUAAGUCAACGAAAAGUGUUAAACACCAAAGCGAGAUAUAUACGAAACGCGCCCACAUUUAUUGCCAUUUCGAAGGAGCUGCAUCAAUUCCGUGGAACAAUUUCUGUGGAAAGUGCUAGAAAACAAAAGAAACAAAAAAACUGUGACGCGAGCAACAAACAGUCAUCAGACGAUUUAUAGAGUCUAACGCAGAGUCCAAAGCAUGAAUCUAUCAUUCGCUGGCUGCGGAUUCCUGGGCAUUUACCACGUCGGAGUUGCCGUCUGCUUCAAGAAGUAUGCCCCGCAUCUGUUGCUGGAGAAGAUUGGAGGCGCAUCGGCCGGUUCCUUGGCCGCCUGCUGUCUCCUCUGCGAUUUGCCAUUGGGCAGCAUGACCUCAGAUUUCUUCAGGGUGGUGAACGAAGCCCGUCGGUAUUCUCUGGGUCCCUUCAGUCCCUCUUUUAAUAUCCAGACCUGUUUGCUGGAGGGUCUACAGAAGCACCUUCCCGACGAUGCCCACAAGCGGGUGAAUGGACGCCUUCACAUAUCGCUGACCCGGGUGUACGAUGGCAAGAACGUCAUCAUCUCGGAGUUUGAGUCGCGGGAAGAGGUGCUUCAGGCGCUGCUCUGCGCCUGCUUUAUCCCAGGAUUCUCUGGCAUCCUGCCACCCCGAUUCCGUGGAGUUCGCUAUAUGGACGGAGCCUUCUCGGAUAACCUGCCCAUUCUGGACGAGAACACCAUUACGGUGAGCCCGUUUUGCGGAGAGAGUGAUAUUUGCCCGAGGGAUCAGAGCUCGCAGCUGUUCCAUCUGAAUUGGGCCAACACCAGCAUCGAGAUCUCCAGACAGAACAUCAAUCGGUUCGUGCGGAUCCUGUUCCCGCCUCGUCCCGAGUUCCUGUCCAAGUUUUGCCAGCAGGGAUUCGACGAUGCCCUGCAGUUCCUGCAUCGCAAUAAUCUAAUCAAUUGCCGCCGUUGUGUGGCGGUCCAGUCCACGUUUGUCGUUUCUGAAACGGUGGCCCAGCCCGAAGAGUUCGAUCCCGAGUGCCGGGAGUGCAAAAAGCAUAGAAAGGACGCUUUAAGCUCAAACAUGCCUCAAACAGUGCUGGAUGUAAUCCAGGACUAUAUAGAGCAAGCAAAUAAGGGUCUGGCCAACUGGAUCUUCAAACAUCGUGGUAUUAAGCUACUUUCCCUGCCCGCCACAGUGCCUAUGGACUUUCUUCUGGCUACCAUUUCAAAAAUAUCAGCAUUGACGCCCAAACUUACCAAACAAGCAAGAAUAAUGGUGGAGGACUUUAUUCUUCAGUUGAAUAACGCCAUGCAUAUGCGCCUGCUAAAUAAAUUCACGCUUUAUGACCAACCCCACUUUGAUGCCACUGGACUUCUGCAUUCCAAUCGUCUAUAUGGACCUCGUGUAUCCAUUCUUGUGGAUGAAUGUGGAGCCACGCCGCUGGAGGAUGAUGUCGAUAACUUUGAGCACGUCCUCAAGAUGACCACGCACAACGACGCUCUCUAUGCCUAUUACUACACCGACAAUAAUACGAACAAGGUGAAAGUAACCGAGAUAUUCGACUUUGACGAUAUGACGGAGCACGACGAACUGGCCACCGACCUGCAGAUAUACGAAGGCUCAGUCGAGGAUCACCCCAAUCCCCACCAGCACAGUCACAACGCGGUGGUCAGCGAGUGGAAUGGCGUCGAAUCAGACUUUUUCAUCGAUGCCCAGACACCGAAUGUGGAGGAUAGUAAAACAUCGGCGCCACAAUUUUCCCGCCUGGAUGUGGAGCCCGAAUCAGAUGCUAGCGUCCUCAGUGAUACUGAGGUGGAUCAGAGUUAUAGCACCUCCGCGCACAGCACCGAUAUGUAUAUAGAAAUUGAUUGAGGAGGGAAAGAAUUAACUUAGAAACUGUAACGAAACAUCUCCAAAGCGGCUCGUAGCAAAGCGAAAAGCCUAGUAGCGUUUCCAUUAGCCUAAUUAGUCUUAUUACGACAACGUAUGUACCUAAAUUAACUUAGCCGUAUGCUGCCAUUGUAUCAUCGCCAGUUUGUAAGCGGCAAUUAGCAAAUAAUUGCAUUCUUGUUAUUAGUCACCCUCACACGACUUGUAUUACAUCCAAAUCCCAUCUGUGUUUAGCCUAAGUUGAUAAUGUAUAAACAAUAAAACAGCCAACAAUAUUUAAA